AUGCGUAUAAGACAACAGUCGUGCUUAGCUUGUACCCUCGAGACCCUAGCCAUCGAUGUGUGUUGUAUCCAAGAAACUCGCAUUCAAGGCUCCAGCUCCACCAUCCGAUUGACAUCCCCGUCAAACCCAUCCGCGAAUUUUCACCUGCGUCUUUCUGGAGACCCUGAGGCUGCGGCUCUUGGUCUUGCUGGUGUUGUUGUGGCUCUCAGUGAGGUAGCUGACGUCGCGCUCCUGGGUUAG